CCAGACAGUAACACAGUUGGAAAUGAAUCUGUUCGCUGUGUUGGAAACGGACAUUGACAACGAAAUCGUUCAUUUUUCAGAGGAGUGGAUGCUAGAAGAAACGUUGAAGAAACUGUAUCCGCAUUAUGACAAGACAGCAGACGUGGCGUACGGUGAUCACGCGCUCGCUGUCGCAAAACUUCGCCUGAAAUACUACGGCAGUAUGUACCAUGCCCUGUGCGGCAUGCUCAAGAUCGCUUGUUACCAGAAAGACGCGGCUUUCGGAAACUACGACGUCAGGUACAUCGUACAUUUCGUGAAGGAGAUGAUCAACUAUUUCAGAUUCACUUACGAGAACGUGGACGACCUGUUCCACUCCCUGUUCUUCUUCUGCCACUUUACGAGGCUGCGACACCACAGACUGACUUUCACCGACCAGAUGCUACGCAGCAUACGCGAGUUUCUCCAAGAAGCAGAUAUCCUGAUGACCGUGUAUUUUAAUACGAGGCUUUCCUAUCCACAGCCGUACAUCUUCGCUGGAAUAGUCGACCUUCUAGGCGAGCGCUACCCGCGGCGCACAGAGACCGGCAAUGCCGGCGGAUGUCCCCCCAUGUCGAUCGGCGGUGUCUUGAUUUAAAUGAUUAAGAUGAAAGUUAUGAAGUAAUGUUGUUUUUUUGUCAAUAAACACUUUGUAUAAGUUAUGAUAAGUAUUUUAAGCCAGAACUACAACCAUAAUGUGAACAUUAUUGCAACUCUAGCGUGGUCGGAUAAUCUAAAUAAAAGUUAUAGUAUUAUAUGCCGCGCUCAUGGCCCAGACUUUAAACAAUGCUUAUUUCGUACUGUGUUAUGUCUAUACAAAUAACCGAUCUUAGCAGAGCUUGUAUCAGAUUAGAAUAUUAAUUUCUGCUAAUUAUACGUGUGUAGUAUAAUGAACUUUUUUUGACUGCGUAUCUUAUUGCUUGUAUGUUAUCAAAAUUAAGUGUGAGGUAAAAAAAUCCAAUGUCUGCAUAGCUCACGAUAACUAGAAAAAAAACUACCUUUGGAUAGCAUUUGUCCUUGUCAACACCUACCGAUAUUUGCAUGAAUGGUACAUGCAAGCUUUAGUAUGAAUACAUGUUCUGAAAUGUUUUGUUAUGUCGUAACCACGUUGAGUUUCGGAAAUAUUAUUUAUAUCUUUACAGUUGUAUAGUCAUGUUUACAACAUACAUAUUAAAUUAAUAUUUGUCAGACUCGGUUAGUGGUCCCUAUCGACAUGUCAUUAAAAUAAUAUUAUAUUUUCAAAACACGUUAUUUUCAUUAUUUAGGUAUGCAUUACAUUAUUGUUUAACACAUGGGUCUCGUUUUCAACUUUUGAUGAAUGUCUUUUUAAAUAUUUAGUGUUGUUUUAAAUUAUAAAAAUUGUAUAUGGGAUAUAUAGUAUAUGAGAACAUCAGUAGCAGAAGAUUAAAAUCGUUAUAAAAUGAACAUAAAGUACAAUAUGGGCAUGUUUUGAAUUGAACUUUUGAUUUAACUGUUUGAGUUGUGUGAGUUGUGAGUUCGAAUGCUCCUGGAAGUUGAUUUGAAAAAUAUGCUUUGCAUUGUUUUUGUUUAUUUGUAAUGAUUGUGUAAACAUUAUUAUGGUUGCUAUAUAAAUAAAUGCAGUGUAUGUGUGAAAAGUAGAAAUAUGCAAUAACUAAAUAGGCAUUUAUAAUUAAGAAAAAAAAAUCGUUACACCCCUUUAAUUCAGAAAAUAUUUAGCAAUCGUCUUUGUAAUGUACAUCAAAUGAAAUAUACCUAUAAAAAGACAUAAUACCAAUUAUGUUAAAAAAUCAAAACGAAUUCAUACAUCAGAAUCAAUGUCUUGAUACACAAAAUCGUCCGCUACCAAAUCGUAUUACAGUAACAUAUACAUUGAAUUGAACGUGCUUAUGCUUAUGGAUACCU